AUGGACAGAUACAGAAAAUUCAACAGUUCCGUCCCAAAAAGGUCAAUAAAUCUCUUGGAAACCCGCCUCUACCAGCCAAAAAAGGUGGCCGUCGUCCGAAAGAAACGGAAAAUGGCUGAAGUGGUGGACGAGUAUUUGACGGAGAGGGGAGGAGGAGGAGGACGAUUAACAGCGAUUCAGUUGGAGGAGGAACGAGGGGAGCCGUGUAUGUCUAAUGGCCGUGGCGGUGGUCACUUUCUGUCCGUCUGUUCAAGUCGAAUCGUUUGUCAAUUCGUUUUCCGUGGCCCCCUCUCGAUUUUGAGCCAAAGAGCCGGAGAGCCAAACAUCUGCCGCGCGGAGGGGGAAAGCUCGUUUACGGCUAUGGCACCGUCAUAA